CAGUGUCCGGCCGGGACCAAGGGCGCACACAGAGAUGGCGGCCGCGGCGGGCCGCGCGGGCCUGGGCCUUACAAGCACCGGGAAGGUGCUGGGGAAGAGGAUGGAGGGGAUGGCGUCCCCGAUGUGGAUUCGUUGUCUCUUUACCAGGUCGAGAAUUCCAGACUCGGUGUUUCAGCCACGGCCUGAAGAUCAUGAAAAGUAUGGAGGUGACCCUGAGGAGCCCCACAAAAUCCAUGUUGUUACUAGAAUAAAAAGUGUCGUUGGUCGUCCAUAUUGGGAAAAGAAGAUAAUACGUGAUCUGGGACUGGAUAAAGCGCAUCAGCCACGACUGCACAAAAAUAUCCCUUCUGUGAAUUCCAGACUGAAAGUUGUUAAGCAUCUGAUAAGAAUACAGCCACUGAAACUACCCCACGGGCUGCCAACAGAAGAGGAAGUGUCCAGCACCUUUCUGACAACCAGGGGAGAGCUUGUCAUUAAAAAGCGCCUGAAACCUGUGGAGCAGAAAGAAAUUAAGUCAUAAGGUGUACUGAUUGGAUUUAGAUUUUAUAAAAUAAAUACUUUAAAUCCCCAGUUAAAAGUUUGUGUAUGAAAUGUAAAAAUUCUGACUCUGGUAUGAAUGGCAAAGGUGAUACUGGUGUGCUUAAAGAAGGAUUGCAGGUGUAUAGAUAUGAAAUUCAAUGUUGUUAAUAGUUGCCUGAAAUAUUAAAUUAAUUAUAGGCUCUCUGUGUUUUAAUUUUGUGGCUAGAUUGCUGCAGUUUUUGGCUAACUGUAAAAGAACUUUGUAAAUGAAGUUACAUAAGCAGAGAAUUGACUAGAAUAGAUCUGGCUAAUUUCACAGCUAAUAGUAAAGAUUUACAGCAAUGCUGCCGGACUUUGCACAAAAGAUAGAUUGGAAUUGAAGAGCCCUCUGUUUAGUAGUCACAUGAGAAUUGACUGGCUAUCCAUGGAGAGUGUUUUACCAUGGUUAUUCAGAUCUCAUCCUUGUUCCCUAGCAAACAGUCUGUCAUCUGCCUUCUUCUGUAGCUUAAAAAACACGUGAACUCUCCACUUGGGAGUAACAGGAGUUAUUCACAUCUUGGUCAGUUGUCUAAUUUGUCUUUCAGGAAACCUGCUGUCUUUAUAUGUAUCCCCUGAUCCUAAAUGUCCAGUAAGAAUAGCCUAAGAGCUGCAGUCUAUGUGAAAGUUAAUGCUUUUUCUUUUCUAAAAUGUCAGACAUUAGAAAUGUAAAGACCUGAAGCAAACCUCUGGUGUGAGUUAGAAUUAUGGGCUGCAAGCGUAUAAAAUACUACUGUGUGUGUAGUUUUAUUUACAGUUUUAAGAACUGUGGCCAGAGUUAGCAAGCUGCUGCGGUAUCAAAUGAUAAAGUAGUUUGCAUUCCAGCCAGGAUAAAUUUUGUAAUUUAACACGCUGUGAGCCUCUCCCACAUUAGACACACUGAAGAGGAGUUAAUCUUAAUGACUGCAUGUUGUGAGAACAUCAGAGGGAUGCAGUCACUGAAAAUUAGUGUUUAUCCUUUCUACCUGCUUGCAGAGAAGAGUAAACACCUGCAGGAGUUCCAAGCAAUAGAUAUAUCAGUACAGGGACAAAAUCUGGAGGCACUGUACAGAGGGAAAAGGAUGGGCUGUGGCAGUGGCAUUGAGAAGUGUAAUGGCCCCUUAUGGCCGGGCGGAAGGCAGAAAUGAGAAUGUGAAUGAAAUAAAAUAGCACGGAAAAAGUGAA